AUGCAACCUCAUCAAGCUAGGGGGUCUACCGGAGGUGCAAGCCACGGCGACCAACAACGACCUGUCCUAGCGUCGGACAUUCCGCUUGGCGAUUGGGUGGCUUCGAAACAAGAGCUUGGUCGGGUAUCGAGCGAGCAAGACGCCGCGUCGACCACGACAAACGUGCCGACAUCGCCUCGAUCAGCUGGCGGCUUCCAGCACUCCCAACGACGACACGACCCGUGGCUGUACGAUGACAGCGUUCAGACAUCGUGGCGCGAAGAAAAGGACUCGCCGCCUUCGAAACACCGACUGCAUCCCGUUCCACAACUGGCAGCGAACCAUCCAUCUUGCGAUGAAAGUCCGGAAGGUCGGUCUCUGUGGUCGCAUCCGAGAGGCCAUCGCGAACCUCCCGCGGUUCACCACCUCCUGGACGUCAUUCGCUCCAAACUGUUAGCUCGGUACGAUUCCCUUCACGAGUCUUUCUUGAAGUUCGACGUCGAUCGGUCGGGGUAUAUAAGCGAAGACAAGUUUCGGCAUUGCUUGGCCAAUAUGGGCUUGGACGUGACGGGCGAAGAGAUGGAGUUGCUGCAACGACGCGGCGGGCGAAGGCUUGGGACCGCGUUCAAAGCGGCAGACAAGGACGGAUCCAUCGACUUGCCAGCGUUCACCCGAUUGCUGACGGAAGAGCUGGAUGUACGCGAAGUCGACUCGAGUCAAAUUAGAACGUUUUUCUCACACUUGGACACUAACAACGACGCGAAGCUCUCGUACUCCGAGUUUGUCAAGUGUUUGGAGGCCAUUCCCCCAACAGUGUAG